AUGGCUGCUGUGUUUUUGCAGGAGGACCUUGGUGAUGAGCCAAAGGCUCCAAAGGCGACGAGCCGCUUGAUCAAUGGUGAGCUUGAUCCAGAGGUCUACAUGAAGGCAUUCAAGGGUCAACUGUCUCAUCUAACACCAAAACAAGUGGCCUCAGUGAUGAAUGUAAUCAUCAGAAUGCAGGCUUAUGUGCGGAGACGGCUGGCCAAACGGAAGGUGGAGCUGCUGAGGGAACAAAACGUCGUUCAGCACUAUAUGGAUCCGUCCGUCAAUGCCUUGAAUCCGGAAACUUUGUUUCUUCAGUCUGCCCCAGGCAGAGCAACUGAAGACUUAAGGUCAGUUGCUCAAGAGCUUUCACGGAACACCAAAGCUGGGCCUGGCGCUUGGGACUCCUUGGGCAACGGUGUGGCAAAAGCUCCCGUUGAGAAUGUUGAGAAUCAGCUGAUCUUUGAAAGAUUUUGA